GUUUCACGGCGUACAUGGCCUUCGGAUGGGCGGAGCUUCACGUUCGGGUACGCCCUCCGCGAUAUUUUAGCGGGCAUCCCCUGAUUGGUUCCGGUACCGUGGAGAUUAUUGUGCAGCUACUCUGAAAAAGGAAGAUGGGAACCUCAGUGAAUAUGAAAAUUCACACACUGGUUUGUUGCUAUGGCUGUUCGACUAAGGCCUUCUUAAAGCUGCUGCACACCCACGGCUCAUCCACGUUUGAUUCAAACGUCUCAGGUUUGUAGGCUUAAGGAGGCCCUCAUAAACAUGUUUGUUUUGCCGCAAUGUACUUUAUUUUUCUAUGUUCGUACUGGGCGUUGGUGACACUUUUAACUCCAGACAUCAUCUGAAUUAAUCAUCCAGAACAUGUGCAGGGCCUUCAUCAUUAUGAUGUCAUAAUCAUUCAGAAAGUACCCAAUAUAGCUAACAAAUUAAUUAUCUCGAUCACUGAGUUUGGCUAUUGCUGACACUAAAAACAGAAGGUACCUGGAUGUAAAGCCAUCAUUACCUGCAGUACAGCCUGCUGCUGUCAUUCUGGCUGCAGUGACAGUAAAUGCCCGGCAGAGGUCACUCUUUCCUCGAUUCCCCUCAUCCUCCUGCACCAUUAGGAGGCUCAGGCCAAACUUUAUCCCGCCACAGAGAAAAUUACAAACUCCAAAUAACGUUUUAAGAAGGAAGGAGAGAGAAUGAUGCUAAAUGUGCUAAAAUUAAUUCAAUCCCACACUGUCACAACUGCUUGAGAAUAUUUCCCAUUCAUUAUUACAUCAGGGUUUAAUUGUCCCCUUUCAUUUUAUUGUCUCAGUAUUUGAUGUUUUCAGAGUUGUUUUCAUUGGCACUGUUUGGUUUUAUUGAUGCACAAUUUGGGGGUUGCUUUUGUAACUCGCACAACAUUUUCAAGCCAGAGACUCCCUUCUGUGUAUUUUCUUUACCUGCUUUCUAAUGUAUUUCAGCAACAAUUUGGAUUAAAUAUUUAAUGUUUGCUUCAUGUUUGCUUUACAGAUCAGUCCAGCAAUAUUGAUCUUAUUUUGCACUGAGGAUUACCUCCCAUAAAUACAGAUGUGUGAGCUGCAGUGCAGAGUUUGAUCACUUGUCUAAGCUGAAAUAAAACCUGCACUACUAGUCAGUUUUACUUUUACACAGCAUAUUCAUGUGGAUGUUCUCCUUGUGGCACAGUCUCUAAAGCCAUAAGGCUGCCUUGUGGGACCAGUAUGAGCUUAUUGCAUAUUUCUUCAAACACAUGUGCCCCUCCUGUGUCUCACUCUUGAGGUAACUACAGCUGAAGUGCUGACAGUGAAGAUAAGAAGCAGUUUGUGUGCUGAGAUACUCGGGAACCAAAGGCUUACCGCAUCUUCACAUUUUAUCUCUGUUCUCUUAUGGAAUGCCUGGAGGUUUUGAUCCUCCCUCUCCUGAAACUGUGCGUAACCUGAAACUGAUAAAAAGCAGUUUCAACUCUAUUUAGAUGUCCUGAACUGUCUCUGCUGUGAGACAGCUGAAUGGAGUGAGAGAAAAAGCCACCUCUCUGCAGUCAGUAGUAGUUAGACCUGCAGCAUCUCAUGGAUGUGACAGGCCAUUUCAUGCUCCCCUUUACAAAUACGGCACAUUGUUAUUUUCUGUUUGUUUUGGACCACUUGACAGCUGUUUUAGCCGUGUAGGCUUUUAUAAAUGAUUGAAGUUUUUGCAGAGCUCCACUUGUCUCCCGGUUUGGAAAAUAUUUUUGCAGAUAUCAGUGGUUUGGAAACUGUUCAUUAUGCAUGAAAGGACUGAAAUGUGAUUUAAACGUGGGAAUAUUUUAGGAACCAUUCUUUGGGCCAGACAUAUUUGUCACAGCGCAAUUUAAAUGCUUAGCUUCCAGGAGCUCUACGUGUAUUUUGACUUGGGGGAUUUAAAGUCAAAGACAAUCCCACAAAAGAGUUUGUUUAAGAAACCUUCUCUUCAGGAAAUUAAAGUGAGAAAUUGUUCCACAGUGAUCUCUGGACUCGCAUUGUUCCCUGCACUGCCUGGCCCGGUGUAUGGAUCAGUAUCUGCCGGCUAAAGUGGCCUCAUUCGGAUCAGCUGGCUUUACCUCCUCAGCUUGUUGCCACAGUAUGCAACCUGAGGCUCGUCAGCGUGGAAAUGACGUGUGUCUGCAUGUUUUGGCGAGCCCAUAAAGGAUGGACUGUCCUCUCACUGUCGCACUGAAGGAGAGGGCGAGACAGCACGAGCAGAAAGAGCGAGCGGCACCAGAGACGACCAGAGGAAGACGCGCACAGGGUAAAGAUAACCAGACUCGGAUUUGGGGAGAAGGAAGACACUGACCAGGCACAAGGUGGAGGACAAACCAGGCGAGCACCCUGUGUCUGUCUGUGGGUAGGGGGCCACUCAGGGGACACCCAAAUGUGAGCGACGCGCACGAAAACGACUCGGGUGCAGAGAAACCAAACUGGCGGCGCACUUAGGAUGCAGAAGUCACCAGUGGAAGAUGCGAACUUCUUCUCCAAAUUUUUCUUCUGGUGGACGUCACCGCUGCUGAGGAAGGGCUUCAGAAAGAAGUUGGAGCUGGCAGAUGUUUAUAAGGCCCCGUCUUUUGAUCUGGCAGACAACCUCUCUGAGAGGCUCGAGAGAGAAUGGGACAGAGAGGUGGUGUCGGCCAAGAACCAGCCCAGGCUGAUGAGAGCGUUGGCCCGCUGCUUCCUCGGCCCUUUUGCCUUCUUUGGUGUCCUCCUCUACCUCGGGGAGGUCUCAAAGACGGUUCAGCCUCAGCUUCUGGGUCGCAUCAUUGCCUCCUUCGACCCGUUCCACGCUCCGGAGCGGAGCCAGGGUUACUUCCUGGCACUGGGUCUCUGUCUCCUCUUCACUGCCCGCUUCCUCCUGUUGCAACCCGCCAUCUUUGGCCUGCAUCACCUGGGCAUGCAGAUCCGCAUCGCCCUUUUCAGUCUUAUAUACAAGAAGACCCUGAAGCUGUCCAGCCGAGUCUUGGAUAAGAUCAGCACUGGUCAGCUGGUCAGCCUGAUGUCCGCCCACCUCAACAAGCUGGAUGAGAGCUUGGGCCUGGCCCACUUUGUGUGGAUCACCCCCCUGCAGUGUAUACUGUGUGUGGGUCUGAUCUGGGAGCUGAUCGAGGCGAACGGUUUUUGCGCGCUGGCAGCUCUGACUCUUCUGGGCAUCAUCCAGGCCUGGCUCACACAGAAGAUGGGACCACAUCGAGUAAAGCGAGCAGGACUGAUCAACCGACGCCUGGCUCUCACCUCAGAGAUCGUGGAGAACAUCCAUUCUGUGAAGGCGUACGGUUGGGAGGAGGUGAUGGAGACGAUCAUCAAGAACAUCAGACAAGAAGAGAUGACGCUAACGAGGAAGAUCGGCUCUCUGCGUUACUUCUACAGUGCCUCGUACUUCUUUUCCGCCAUCUUGGUCAUCGUGUCUGCCAUCGUGCCGCACGCGCUCAGUAAAGGCAUCAUCCUUCGUCGCAUCUUCACCACCGCCUCCUACUGCAUGGUGCUGCGAAUGACACUCACCCGCCAGCUGCCGGGGUCCAUCCAGAUGUGGUACGACACGCUGGCGCUGGUCAAGAAGAUCGAGGAAUUCUUGUUGAAGGAAGAAUACAGAGUGCUGGAGUACAACCUGACCACCACUGAACUGGAGCUGUCCAAUGUGUCCGCGUCCUGGGACGAGGGCAUUGGUGAGCUGUUCGAGAAGAUCAAGCAGGAGAACAAAGCCAACGGACACACGAACAGUGACGCCGGCCUCUUCUUCACUAACCUGUACAUCACUCCUGUCCUCAAAAACAUCAGCCUGUACCUGGAGAAGGGAAAGAUGCUGGGGGUGGCUGGAUCCACUGGCUCUGGGAAGAGUUCCCUGCUCAUGAUGAUCCUGGGAGAGCUGGUGCCAUCGGAAGGCAAAAUCCGACACAGCGGUCGCAUCUCUUUCUCACCGCAGACUUCCUGGAUCAUGCCGGGGACCAUUCGAGACAACAUCCUGUUUGGCCUGACCUAUGAUGAGUACCGCUACGCCUCAGUCAUCAAGGCCUGCCAGCUGGAGGAGGACUUUGCCUUGCUGCCUGAAAAAGACAAGACGCUCCUCAUGGAAGGAGGGGUGACACUCAGCGGCGGACAAAGGGCUCGCCUCGGCCUGGCCAGAGCUGUGUAUAAAGAUGCAGACCUGUACCUGCUGGAUGCACCUUUCACCCACCUGGACAUCGUGACGGAGAAAGAGAUCUUUGAGAAAUGCGUCUGUAAACUUAUGGCCUCCAAGACACGCAUUGUGGUCACCAGCAAGUUGGAGCACCUGAAACGGGCAGACAAAAUCCUCCUGCUGCACAACGGCGACUGCUACUUCUACGGCACCUUCUCAGAGCUGCAGGCCCAGCGGCCUGACUUCAGCUCCCUCCUCCUCGGCCUGGAAGCUUAUGACAGCAUCAACGCGGAGCGACGCGGCUCCAUCCUCACCGAAACUCUCCGCCGAGUCUCCAUCGACGAGACCGCCGGCUUCCGAGGCCCGGAGCCGAUUCGCCAGUCGUUCCGUCAGCCUCCGCCUCCGAUAAUCGUCUCGGGACCUCAAGGCCAUCCUGGAGGUGAUGGCUACCCAGAAAAACGCAAGCAAUCCCUCAUCCUCAAUCCCUUGGCAGCUGCCCGCAAGUUCUCCUUCAUCGGGAACUCCCAACAGACUGCAAACGCUCCCCAGUCCAUGACAGCAGAGGAUGCGGUCCAUGAACUUUCUGAAAGGAAAUUCUCCGUCGUACCCGAGGACGAUCAGGUGGAGGAAGUGCUUCCCAGGGGGAACAUGUACCACCACGGGUUGCCGCACCUCAGCGGGCAGCGGCGCCAGUCGGUCCUGGCGUUCAUCACCAACUCUCAGGGCCAGGAGCGCAGAGAGCAGAUGCAGUCAUCCUUCAGGAAGAAGCUGUCCAUCACGCCACAGUGUGACCUGGCGUCCGAGCUGGACAUUUACGCUCGUCGCCUGUCCAAGGACAGCGUCUUCGAGAUUAGUGAGGACGUGGAUGAGGAAGACAUGGAGCAAUGUUUCGCAGAUGAUCGUGAGAACACCUUUGAAACUACCUCAUGGAGCACUUACCUCCGCUACGUCACCUCCAACAGGAGCUUAGUCUACGUCCUGAUUUUCAUCUUCUUUGUCUUUGUCAUUGAGGUUGCUGGUUCAGUCGUCGGCAUUUUCCUCAUUACUGACACCAUCUGGAGGGACGGCGCCAACCCAUCCUCACCCAACUACAUCGACGAGCAGCACCCUAACGCCUCAUCGCCGCCCGUCCACCUGGCGGUCAUUGUCACGCCGACCAGCGCUUACUACAUCAUCUACAUCUACGUGGCCACAUCGGAGAGCGUUCUGGCCUUGGGGUUCUUCAGGGGUCUGCCGUUAGUGCACACACUGCUCACUGUGUCCAAGAGGCUGCACGAACAGAUGCUGAGCGCUGUGAUACGAGCCCCCAUGGCUGUGCUCAACACUAUGAAGACAGGUCGGAUCAUGAACCGAUUCACCAAGGACAUGGCCACCAUAGACGACAUGCUGCCUCUGGUGCUGUUUGACCUCAUACAGCUGACACUGAUUGUCACAGGCGCCAUCUUCACCGUGUCCAUCAUGCGGCCAUACGUCUUCAUCGCUGCCAUCCCAUUGGCUGCCAUCUUCGCUGUCCUCAGGAAGUACUUCCUAAGAACUGGACAGCAACUCAAGCUACUGGAGGCUGAAGCUCGAAGCCCCAUCUUCUCCCACCUCAUCGUCUCGCUGAAGGGUUUGUGGACAAUUCGGGCGUUUGGGCGUCAGACCUACUUCGAGAUGCUCUUCCACAAGGCCCUGAACACUCACACAGCCACCUGGUUCCACUACCUGGCCACGCUGCGUUGGUUCCUCUUUCGCUGUGACAUGAUCUUCGUCCUCUUCUUCACCGCCGCCGCCUUCAUCGCCGUGGGAACCAACCAGGACAAACCAGGGGAGGUUGGCAUCAUCGUGGCUCUGGCCAUGCUCAUCCUGGGGACUUUCCAAUGGGCUGUCAUCACCAGCAUCACUGUGGACGGACUGAUGCGUUCGGUGGAUCGGGUGUUCAAGUUCAUCGACCUGCCAUCAGAGGAGCCGCUGCCGGGGAAACACGGUGGCAAAGGAGGCCCCGACCUCGUCAUCGACAACCCUCACGCCCAAGACUGCUGGCCCAAUCGCGGUCAGAUGAACGUCCAGGGCCUCACUGUGAAAUACGCGGAGGCUGGACGCGCCGUCCUGGGCAACGUGUCCUUCUCUGCGGACGGUGGGCAGAGCAUCGGUCUGCUGGGUCGAACAGGUUCGGGGAAAAGCACCCUGCUCUCCGCCCUGCUGCGUCUCGCCUCCACUGACGGAGAAAUCUCCAUCGACGGCGUCUCCUGGAGCUCCGUCUCCCUGCACACGUGGAGGAAGGCCUUCGGCGUGGUGCCGCAGAAAGUCUUUAUUCUGACCGGUACUUUCCGGAUGAACCUGGACCCACACGGACGUUACAGCGACGAGGAGCUGUGGAGGGUGGCUGACGAGGUGGGCUUGAAGUCGGUGAUCGAGCAGUUUCCGGAAAAGCUGGACUUUCAGCUGGAGGACGGAGGCAACGUGUUGAGCAACGGACACAAACAGCUGCUAUGCCUCGCCCGCUCCAUCCUCAGCAAGGCCCGCAUCCUGCUGCUGGACGAACCCUCGGCCUACCUCGACCCCAUAACGUUACAGGUCCUGAGGAAGACGCUGAAGCAGGCCUUCUCCGGCUGCACCGUCAUCCUAUCAGAGCACAGGGUGGAGCCGCUGCUGGAGUGUCAGUCGUUCCUGAUGAUCGAAGGCAGCUCCUUGAAGAGCUACGACUCCAUCCAGAAGCUGCUUAACGAGACGAGUCACCUGAAACAGGCGAUGAGCCCCGCCGACCGGCUCCGCCUCUUCCCGACGCUUCACCGCCUCAACUCCAGCAAGAGGGCGCCGACGCAGACUGCCAAGAUCUCGUCGCUGCCGGAGGAAGCUGAGGAUGAGGUCCAGGACACUCGGCUCUAACCAGCCAGACACACACACACACACACACACACACACCCUGUAGCUGUAACGGACAAAAACGAGGGAUUUAUCCAGUGUUUUCAUACUGAUGAUUUUGGGUCUGAGAGGCCAAUAUUAAAGUCAUUAUUCUUCC